CAGCCUCCUCCCGCUCCGCGCUCCUGGCUGUGGCGCGGCGGCCCUGCGCGGCCUAGGGGCCCCCGCCGCCCCCCGCGCCUGACCCCUGGUAUUUGUUAAUACCUACAAAUUGAAAUAGGCCCAGAACGGGCGUACGUGGACUCGGAGGUUUCUCUAACUAACCGCCUGUAAAACUAGGUGUCUCCGUGUCACCAGGCAUCCUUUUUAAAAAAAUUAAAGGAUUUGUUCAACCAACAGAGAGCAGAAACAAUAAAACCCAACUUAAAAGUACCUUUGCCUCCAUGUCGAGUUUCUGUGUGGCUGAAGCUGCAGUGUUUUCUCUCAGGACCUCUCCUCUCUCUGAAGUUGGCUGUUUUGAAGAAGCUUGUAAGAACUUUCUUAAGCUCCUGUGCCUUAAACCCCAGUAUUUUUAUCCUUUUUGCUGUAUGUGCCUGUUGUUUUUGUUUUCUGUUCCACAGUGGUUUUGUGGGCCAAGUGGAAAAACCCUCUGAGGAACGUUGGUGAUAGAAAGGCUGGAUGAUCUCCACCAGCUUAAGUCCUGCGAGAAGAUGCUGAAGUGUGGAAUACUUUGGUACUGAUGUUGUACUAGACUUGUUCCUCUACUUUGUGUCAGUAUGUCGAAGAAAUUGGAGGCUCCGCUUUCCUUGUCUGACUGCCUCUGCCAAAUUUGCAUGGAAAUCUUUGUGGAGCCUGUGACACUGCCAUGCAACCAUACCCUCUGUAAUUCUUGUUUCCAGCUGACAGUUGAAAAGGCCAGUCUUUGUUGCCCUUUUUGUCGGCGUCGAGUCUCUUCUUGGGCACGAUACAAUGCCCGCAGAAAUACACUUAUCAACUGGGAACUCUGGGAAAAAAUUCAGAAGAAUUACCCGGAGGAGUGUGAACGCAGGAUUAACGGACAGGAUUUGGAAGAGGAAAUCUGUGUCCCCCAUCCACAACACCAGCUGAGCAAGCCUGGGGAACUGAGGCAGGAAUAUGAAGCAGAGAUUAGCAAGGUGGAGGCAGAAAGGCGAGCGCAUGAACAAGAGGAGAACAAGGCAAGUGAGGAAUACAUUCAACGGCUUCUAGCAGAAGAGGAGGAGGAAAACAGAUUGGCGGAAGAAAGACGGAGGGAGAUGGAGAAGCAGCUUAAGCAAGAUGAAGAGUUGGCCUGGCAGCUGAGUAACAGCCUGAAUGAUCAUUCUAAAGGACGUGUGCCUAGCAGUCCUUCACCAAUAGGCAGUCUCUCACCUGAAACGUCCCCAGCUAAUUUGUGCAGGAUGAAGAACAAACCAAGCAACUCUGGAGACAUUCAGAAGUAUCUGUCUCCAAAACUUCAUCAUACAUUGGGAUCAGCAUCGUUCUCUAGAGCAGCAGAAAGAGGCAGGAGUGACUCUGGCUCUGUGGAGACCACUGUCAAUGAAGGCAGUGGUUCUGCAUGGCAGGAUGAGCAAGAGGAAAUGCCAACACUGUCUCCACAGCUGACCGGUGUGAUUAAAGAUUCCAGUCCUAAGGAUUUGUUUUUGGAAUCAUGCAUGAACUAUUUUGGUGCCUCAGCUUCAGGGGAAACUGCUGCCAUUAAGCAGGAAGAAACACCAGGACCAAAUUGUCCAGGAGAUGAAGUUCCACAUGUGCUUCAUAGAAUCACAGAAAGGGAAGGGUCUAGAACAGUUCUUUGUAGAUCCAAAAGAGAAUAUGGUAGAAUUGAGACAGACAGUGGCAGUUUAACACAGGUAGAAAGCAUAAACCUGGAAAACUCUGCUGAAACUUGCGCUGGUACUCAGUCAGCAACAGAUUCUGUGAUGUCUGACCACAAAAGCGAAGUAUGUGAUCUAAUAAAAGUGACUGGACACUCAGAUGAAGAGAAACCAGAGGGACUGCAGAACGCAAAGGAGACUCCAAAAAGAAAGUCACUGGAGGCCCCAGCUGAAGCAGUGGUUGACUUGUGCAUGCCUGGUAAGAAGAGACGAACUAUUCUGGAAAGUUUAGAGGACCAAGGGGAGCAGAUAAAUGAUUUUAACUUGCAAAAGCAGAAAGCCUUUGAGCAGGAAUUGCAUGAAAGGCGUAUGCAAGAGGAGCAGGACAGGCUUCUGGCUCUGCAACUACAGAAACGGAUCAACAAGGAGGAAAGGACACUGAAUCGACAGAAGGGCUCUCCAGAUGAGUAUCUUCUUCGCACCAAGCCGCCUCAGUUUGUGAAAGACUCUCCUUCUAGAAAGGGAAGUUCUAAGGUGGCAAAAGACUCAAAGGUACCAAAAAACCAGGCCGAAACAAAUCACCGCAAGAGUCGGAGAGGUUCUUGCAAUGAAAACUGGCAGUCCCCUACCAGAGUCCGAAUGAAAUCGCAUAGCACUAAGGGAGGAAAAGUUUUGAAUUGUGUCGUUAAUACCAGUGAUGCAAAUGAUAUUUGUUCACUGCCUAGUAAGCAAAAGACCAUCCUUCAGAUGUUUAAAAGUUCUGUUGUGGAGUAGAUCAGCAGAACCACAGAUGCAUGGUGGAAUGAGAAUGGAAACCAUGGUUUAAUGCCUUCUCUUGUGUAUAGGCAGAUCUUCCUGUAAGCAGUUUUAAAGUUACUGGUUUUGAGGGGCAUCACUUUAGGUCACAGAGGUGUUGUAUAUUCUGAGAUGUUUUAAAAAUGUACACCCCUGGACUUAAAAUUUAAUUGGUCUUCUUCUGACUACAGCUUAUUUCCUAGCACUUGCAUUUACAUAAUUUUGAAUGUGAGUAUUGUUAAGUGUUUAGAAACAAAAAUAACUGAUGGUUGCCUUUUAUGGAAAGGAUGCAUAUUCCAUGGAGGAAACAAGCAAAAAAUUCUGCAUUUCCAGAGGUCUGCCAGCUGCAACGCUGAAGCUUGGCUUGGUAUAGCUGUGUUCUGUUAAAUUGAAGCAUGUUGCUGGAAUUCAGGAUAUUUGUUGAAUUGCGUUGUUUGUAUGACAGCAAGAAUAUAACUGGACAGCCAGACACACUCUUUCCAUCUCAUAUACUAACCCCUUUCUUAGACAAAGAGGGAAAAAACAGGUCGUUCUCCCGCUGCCAAAGCCAAGGAUCUUUCAUAGAUACCAAUAGAUAAGUGGUUCUGGGCUUGUAUUUACCUCUGUUCAUAGAGGUGACUUCUGCAGAUCUGACUGCCACUGUUGUUAAGAAAAAGAUACUUUCCUUUAUUGCUAGUGUUCUGUAACUUUAUUCUUGUCUGAUAUUACCUAUGUUUAGUGUUAUUUAAUUUUCAUAUGCAAACUGGUUUGAGUCUGAUAAAACCACAUAAUAAAAAAAUAGUUAGUCCAGGAAACCAUUAUGAUGGAGAAAGUUAAAACAAAAGGGGGAAAAGCAACGGAAAACCAGAGUUGUCAGUAAUGACAUAAAUAUAAUUCAAGAUUCAUGUCACUACCUUGCCUGGCUGUAACUGUUCCUCUCCAUUUUUAGAGGGACUACCAAAUGGUGUCUUCCAGUUGGGUUUAAAACUACCAUCACUCAAAAGAAUUGCAGUUCAGACAUGGGGAAGCUGAGGCCUGUAGGAAGUUGAGGCUGGUGAACAGUUAACCAGCUGCUGCUCAGCAGAAUUCUUCCAUGGAUCAUUUUUUCUGUUGGUAUUAUAAACCCAUCUUUGGUUUUGGCCUUUCUUUGCUUGUAAUGAGGUAUUUUUCCACUAUACAUGUUUGAAAGAGAGCAAAGCACCAAUCUACAUUGCUGAAGUGGGUGUACUGGUCAUCCAAGUUAGCACGUGUUUUAAAUGUGUGCUUCUUUUGAACCUCAUCAGUGUUCUAUAGGCUUUAACUGGCUUCUAGGAAAUUUGUAACAAAAUACUUGUCUUUUGGUGUAUUAAAAAAUGAAACAAAACCUGAAAUUUUAUUUGAAACAUGAACAGCACACCGAGCCGAAAACAUUCAUUGUUUUGUUUUCUUUGCCUGCAUGUCUCAGUAAUGCUGGGUUUCUCAAAAAUAAAUGACACUUUUUGAGAAAGUUACAA